UAGCGUCGCUUCUCUUUGUCAGAGGACCGACUUCCGUUUUCAUGUUUGGUCCAGGUUUCUGGAAUUUACUAUCUAGGAAGACUGAGCUAUCUGUCGCUUUGAUAAACAGUAGCAGCGAUUUAGUAUUUUCGUGACGGGGCUGGAAAAAAGGUUCCCCAUUUCAGCCUGUUUAGAGUUUGAGUCCGUCAUUCUGUUUCAUCCUUGAAAAACACGACUGUUUACCUAGCUAGCUGGCUAGCAUCAGCCAGCUGAGUUAAAUCACCUAGCAUGUUUCGGUUCCUGAAUGACGUUGAUGACGACCCCUACAUGAUGGAUCCAUUUGCAGCUCACAGGCAGCAGAUGAGGGUUCUGUUUGGACCAUUUGGCAUGGACCCCUUUGCCCUCGCCCCCCAGAUACAGCCACCCCGCGCACCACGCAGACAGGCUAAUCAGCUGACCCCCUUUGGCAUGAUGGGAAUGGGUGGAGGGUUCAUGGAUAUGUUUGGAAUGAUGGGAGAAAUGAUGGGAAAUGUGGAAAGAAUGUCCGGUUCACCAAACUGUCAGACGUUUUCCUCGUCGACAGUUAUCUCCUACUCCUCUUCAGAUUUAGGGGCUCCUGAAGUUUAUCAGCAGACCAGUGAAACGAGAACAGGCCCCGGAGGGAUCCGUGAGACGCGGCAGUCAAUGAGGGACAGUGAGAGCGGCCUCGAGCGUCUCGCCAUCGGCCACCACAUUGGGGAUCGUGCACACAUAAUGGAGCGUUCACGAAAUCGCCGCACUGGAGACCGCGAGGAACGACAAGACUUCAUUAACCUUGAUGAGACUGACGCUGCAGCAUUCGAUGAGGAGUGGAGGAGGGAGGCAGGAAGAUACGUUCCCCCGACUGCCCGGGCGCUGGAGUAUGGCCGGGAUCGACGGGCAGGAGGCCAGCAGCUGGCCCUUACUGCCCCUCCCAGCUCAACGACCCCACCGGGCCAUCGGCACGAGUCCCCCAGACACCGCCAGCCCCACACCCGUCCACGUUAUGACUGGUGAGAGGUGUCACACUUGGGCGACCAGAUGGAAGGAGUUGAGGGAAGAUUUCCCCCGAUGCUGUGAACCACGCUGAAGAUGGAAGUUGAUGAACGUCACAACUACCCGUCGUAAAUGUUUGAUAUGACUGGACUGUCUUUACAUGAACAACAUAUGCACACAUACAACAAACCCCCCACACACUUGAUAGUUACAUUUACAGUUGUACCUCUCCACUGUUACACCCAACACACACAAUGGCACCGCUGUGCAAACUAUAGGGUAUAACUACACUCUAUAUAUAUAUAUAUAUAACUCAUUCUCAAAACUUGACAUGUGUUUUUGCCCACUGCACUUAAGUGCUACAGUAUACAGUACGUCUGCUGUACAGUCCAUUGUAUGUUUGUGAAGACACUAGUGUGUCAGUGAAUUGAAUUGUAUACUGUUAACUAAUUAAUCUAACUAAAUAAAAGUUCAUUAAACAUUGUUAGAUAAUUAC